AUGGUCUCCAGAUCAUGUGGUUCUCUCAGGGAUGGUCUCCAGGUCAUGUGGUUCUCUCAGGGAUGGUCUCCAGGUCAUGUGGUUCUCUCAGGGAUGGUCUCCGGGUCAUGUGGUUCUCUCAGGGAUGGUCUCCGGGUCAUAUGGUUCUCUCGGGGAUGGUCUCCAAGACACCUUCAGGCGCUGCGUAGCUUCAUUGGUAACCUGGUGGACCAAGCGGAGCGUGCUGGGAGCUGCGACUGUCACAAACCUCCUUCUCUCCUGUUGGUGGGGCCUCCAGGAGCUGGGAAGACCUAUCUGGUGAAGCAGAUGAGCAAUGUUUGUGAAAUGCCCCUCUAUGGCGUCCAUACCAACCAAGUCCGGGGAGCCCCAGCAGUCAGGAAGCUGUUUGAGCAAGCCAGAGACAAUUACCCAUCCCUAGUCUUCAUGGAUGAUGUUGAUGCCAUCUUCUCUAACCAUGAUGACGAUCCCGCCUGUUCAACGUUAAUUCAAAAUAUUCGUGACGAACUCUUCACGCAACUAGGACCUCGUAAACUAAAAAUAAUUGACCCCAAAUCCACCAAAAAUCCAACUGACAGCACAGUCAGCAAUAGUGCUGAGGGGUAGGGUGGGUCCAUCGGGAGUCGUGCCUCCAGCCGAAAUUCUACAUUGGCCAAGCCACCAGCCCCACCUGAUGAGGAUGAAGAUGUAUUUGAUGAGGAGGACUCGCCAUACCCAGAUAAUAAUGGUAUCAUUGUUGUGGCUGCCACCAGCACUCCUUGGCUCCUUUAUAAGGAUCAUGAGCUACUGAGCAGAUUUCGUGGCGUAUACCUGGUUGGACUACCUGAUAAGCAGACCCGUUACAACUUGCUCAAGAGCCUCUUUCAGGAUGUUCACCACAGUCUCACAGACAAAGACAUCAUGGUGGUGGCUGAGAAGACAGAGGGGUUCACACCAGCUGACUUAAUGGUUGUUGUGAAAACACUGACAUACAGGCAGUUUUCCUUCCUGCUGUCUAUGGCCCUACACCCAGGUUCAGCUGGCUCCUCUAGCGAUGUUGGUUCUACAGGUUCACAGACACCACUGUCCUCCAGAAAAUAUCUGAGAAAGAAUGUUUUAGAAGACAUUUCUUGUACGGCAUCUGAGUCUGAUCUUGAUGGACUUCCGGAGUCAGAGGGUCACUUAAAGCGAGGUGUGGUUGCUGCAGCAGCAGUGGUAGGAGCAGCAGCAGUGGCAGCAAAGGCAAAAGCAAAAGCAGCAGCAGCACCUAAAUCAAAUGCUGCUAGCGGAGCUGUCCCAAAGAAAGACAUUAAAAAGUCCAGUAAUGGCAAAAAAGUCUCCAGCAACAACUCUGAGGAGGAGGAUGAAGAGCCUCAUGCUACUCCUGAGAGUCAGCGGGAUGAGAAGGUGAAGCCAGAGAACACCCGAGUACCCACUCGUGUCUUGGAAGAUUCAUUGUUGGUGUCUAAACCAAGUGAAGAGAGCAGUUCUAACAAGAGCCUGCGGGAUGAUAUAUGUGUACCAUCACCAGACUCUGCCAUUGGUCUUUCAAAGAGCAGUGAAGAGAUUGUUGACCCCAAACAUACCAGAAGAUUAGACGAACCACCUCGAACACCUUCAGAGAGCAGUAGUAGUGGAGUGACUUCAGGAAAGGACUACUGUGGAGGAUUUUUGAAACCUAUAAAUGAGAGAGCUGCUGAUAUGGACAGCACAGUGAUAGAGAAGGAGACUGAGCCUGAGUGUGAUGGUGCUGAUGAUGAAUUUGGAGAUGAUAAAACUGUAGAAAAUGAAAAUAGUGGUAAUGAUGGUGAACGAGUUGGUACUCCAGUAGAGUUUGAGUUACAUUACACUGAACCUCCUGAGCGGCGUGAUGACAACUGUGCCAUUGAUAGUGACAGUGACAAUGAUGUUUCAGAAACUCCACGAUCUAGAGGAGGCGCUGUUGCUUUUUCAGGUAUGUCACCAAUGGAGCCUUUGUCCGUGGAUGUUGGUGAUAACUGUGGGCCACCCAAUGUAUCACUGGAUGACCUACCACCAAACAUUACAUUAGCACCUUCAAACCUUCCUGAACCUAUGCUUGCUGAUGAUCACCACCAGGAGGCAGCACCCAAUGCCAUUCUUCUCAGUCUGUUAUCUCGACCGACUCCCUCGAGGUCUGAACGUCGUGACCACCGUAUGAUGAUCCUUCUGAUUGUACACAAAAAAGAGGACAGCGACUCAUCAUUUGAUCACAGUGAUGGUCACACUGUGCCUUCUUCUGAUAUAUCUACUGCAACCUGCAAUGAAACAGAAGUGUACUACACUCAGACCUGGUUUAACUAUAAGAGAUAUAUCCAUUACUCCUGCAGAAGCAAAAGCAGUAGUUGGUGGGGUCUGAAUUCUCUCUUGAACCUUGAUGAUCUUGGCGAGAUCAGUAUCCAGGUCAUAACACUGGCUGACGUACUUGAGGUUGUUGCAAAAGGCUACAGGAGCGUUACAGAUGAAGAGAUUAAACGUUACACAGAUUUUAUGGUGUGGUUCUCCAAUGUAGCCAAAUCUGCCUGCCCUCAUUUGAAAGAUGGUUCUCAUAAAGCCAAUGCACCCCACCUAGAUGACAUCAGUGUGGAUUCCACGGUGUAUGACACUCCAAGCAUUGCCAAGAAAAGAAAAGGACCUCUUCGUAAAUUGGGUCGCUUUCUUCUGAAGGCUCUCAUGUUUAUUCUUGAUUGAAAACAGGCAAGACUGGUGGAAAUUUUUUUAUAGUUCUGGGUCGUAAAGGACUUAAAUGGUCUGUACUUUAACUAUGAGUGGCUGUCCUAGUCUCUGUGGGGACUGGUUAUUUGACACUUUCCUCUUGGGUUGUCUCAUAAACCACUGUAAACAGACUGGCAUAAUGCUCUCUCAUAUCUAUGCAAAUGAACAGCUUAUCUAUGGUUGGUUACAUUAUUCCAUUACUGAUGACAGAAUGAGUAAUGUAAGUGCAUUGCAGUGAAGUUUACCACUACAGUUAAUGGAAAUUACAUAUCUAAUGCUUUGUGGUGAAGGCCAUAAGUAGUGCUUAGUUAUGAAGAAGGUAUUAGUACCAGUGCUGGGCUUUCAGUCAGUACUGCAAAGCUUCAGAACAUUAAUAAUUUAAGAGCCAAAAGGAGCUCAUGAAAUACUGGUUACUUGUGGUAAAACUUUGGAAUAAAGAUGAAGAACAAUUAAAAUUUUAGAGGUUAAAACAUCUACUUAAAAAUAGGAUGAUAAUAAGCAGUUAGUCAGGCUCAGGUAUGAUGGAAAAGAACAGUACUGUACUGCAUCUGAUGACAUGGCUCUUGUUUCUCACGGGUUUCCCCAGGGAGUGAACUAGUGAGUGAAUGUCAAGUUGGCUGAUGUAUUGUUGAUAAAGAUGCACCAUUUACAUGAUAUGUAUGGUUAAAAAUGCAAGGAACUCGACUAUGUAUAAAUGAUGCAAUAUGUAGAUGGUAAAUAUUUAGGCUUUUCUGGUUUAAGUAAACAUUCAGUGAAUAUAUAUAAAAAUAAGCUUACUUCGGGAUAUAUUUGCUUGCUUGCUCUGCUUGUUAAAGACAGACAUUCAGGUCACUUGUUUUGACAAUCUGCUUUACAGGUACGUAUAUCUUUUUAUUUGAUGUAUUAUUGUUGAAGUAUCCUGUCAAGUUCCCUCCUCCCCUAUCAAUAAUGAUAAAGAAAUAUACUGUGUAUGUAAUCAACAUAUGUUAGUACAAUAUUGGAACAUUAACAUUCCCUCUGAAAAUAUUGUCUACAAUAUAAAUUUUUGAACACUAUACAGUGUGCAAGUCUUUACAACAUAUUCCAGUGAUUAAACUUGAAAAUUUAU